UCCGUCAAUCUCGCUUGUUUUUUCCUGGGCUGCUCAUGCCGUUGGUCUUGUCUCCUGUGACAGAUCCCGAACAAAGAAGCAGAGUGGUGUUCCUCGCCAGGCAUUCCGUCACUACGGGAUGUCUUCCAAGCGACCAGCCUCUCCGUAUGGGGAAGCAGAUGGAGAGGUAGCCAUGGUGACAGGCAGACAGAAAGUGGAAGAAGAGGAGAGUGACAGGCUUCAAGCCUUUCACCUUCCUUUGCAUGUGAGUUUUCCCAACAAGUCUCAUACCGAGGAAUUUCAGCCAGUUUCUCUGCUGACGCAAGAGACUUGCGGUCAUAGGACUCCCACCUCUCAGCAAAACACAUUGGAAGUUGAUGGCAAUAAAGUGAUGUCUUCAUUCGCCCCGCACAACUCAUCUACCUCACCCUCAAAGGCAGAAGAAGGUGGGCGUCAAAGCGGAGAAUCCUUAUCCAGCGCAGCUCUGGGAACCCCUGAAAGGCGCAAAGGCAGCCUAGCGGAUGUUGUGGACACGCUGAAGCAGCGGAAAAUGGAAGAGUUAAUCAAGAAUGAACCGGAAGAAACCCCUAGUAUUGAAAAGCUACUAUCAAAAGAUUGGAAAGACAAGCUUCUUGCCAUGGGAUCAGGGAACUUUGGAGAAAUAAAAGGGACUCCAGAAAGCCUCGCUGAGAAAGAGCGGCAGCUUAUGGGCAUGAUCAAUCAGCUGACCAGUUUGCGGGAGCAGCUGCUGGCGGCUCACGAUGAGCAGAAGAAACUGGCUGCCUCUCAGAUCGAGAAGCAACGCCAGCAAAUGGAGCUGGCCAAGCAGCAGCAAGAACAGAUUGCAAGACAGCAACAGCAACUUCUGCAACAGCAACACAAAAUUAACCUUCUUCAGCAACAGAUCCAGGUCCAAGGUCAGCUCCCGCCAUUAAUGAUCCCAGUGUUCCCUCCAGACCAGCGAACUCUAGCCGCAGCUGCCCAGCAAGGAUUCCUACUUCCUCCUGGCUUCAGCUACAAAGCGGGCUGUAGUGACCCUUACCCCGUUCAGCUGAUCCCGACAACCAUGGCAGCUGCUGCCGCGGCAACCCCCGGCUUAGGCCCGCUCCAACUGCAGCAGUUGUACGCUGCCCAACUUGCUGCAAUGCAAGUAUCCCCAGGAGGAAAAAUACCAGGAAUCCCCCAAAGCAACAUUGGUGCGGCAGUAUCACCAACCAGCAUCCAUACAGACAAGAGCACAAACAGCCCUCCGCCCAAAAGCAAGGAUGACAUGGCCCAGCCGCUGAACCUCUCGGCAAAACCCAAGACAUCAGACAGCAAGUCUCCCUCGUCGCCAACCUCUCCUCACAUGCCGACUCUGAGAAUAAACAGCGGGAAUAGUUCCCUUAAAUCUUCUGUGCCAGCAACGUUAGCUAGUCCUUCGGCCAGAGUCAACACAAUAGAUAUCCUUUCCUCUAUCACGUCAUCAGGUUACUUAAACGACCAUGAUGCUGUUACCAAGGCGAUUCAGGAAGCCCGGCAGAUGAAGGAGCAGCUACGGAGAGAGCAGCAGGUGCUUGACGGAAAGGUUGCCGUUGCGAACAACCUGGGUCUGAAUAACUGCAGGACAGACAAGGACAAAACGACACUGGAGAACUUGACUCAACAAUUGGCAGUGAAACAGAACGAAGACGGGAAGUUUAGCCAUGCUAUGAUGGAUUUCAACAUGAGUGGAGACUCUGACGGAAGUGCAGGGGUCUCAGAAUCUCGAAUCUACAGGGAAUCCAGAGGACGUGGGAGCAAUGAGCCCCAUAUCAAGCGCCCGAUGAACGCCUUCAUGGUGUGGGCUAAAGACGAACGACGAAAGAUCCUGCAGGCCUUCCCUGACAUGCACAACUCCAACAUCAGCAAAAUAUUGGGCUCUCGUUGGAAAGCUAUGACGAACCUUGAGAAGCAGCCGUACUACGAAGAGCAAGCCCGCCUCAGCAAGCAGCACCUGGAGAAGUACCCAGACUACAAGUACAAGCCCAGGCCGAAGCGCACCUGCUUAGUGGACGGGAAGAAGUUACGGAUCGGGGAAUACAAGGCAAUCAUGCGCAACAGGCGUCAGGAGAUGAGGCAGUAUUUCAAUGUCGGACAGCAAGCACAGAUCCCUAUUGCGACAGCUGGCGUCGUCUACCCAGGAGCCAUUGCCAUGGCAGGAAUGCCCUCGCCACAUCUGCCCUCGGAGCACUCGAGUGUGUCAAGCAGCCCGGAGCCGGGGAUGCCGGUUAUCCAGAGCACUUACGGCAUCAAAAGUGAGGAGCCGUCCCAUGUCAAAGAGGAGAUGCAGACCGAUGACAUCAACGGGGAAAUGUACGAUGAAUACGACGAAGAGGAGGACGACCCCGAUGUGGACUACGGCAGUGACAGUGAAAACCACAUUGCGGGGCAAGCCAACUGAUAAGGGGUCCUGAGCCUCAAAGUUGACCUUGGAGGACUUCAUUGGAAAGCCCCAGCUGGUUUCUCCCCCAGUGGCCAAGCACACAAACUUCAAUCCUUGUAUGCUGACUGUUACUUAAAACUUUUAGUCUUAACUAGUUUGGGGACAUCAGCUGAUGAACAGACAAUGGCCCGCAUUGAAAACUUUUAAAAAGCAAAGAAUUUUUUUUAAAAAAGAGAGACAACGGCUCAGAGGAAGAAACCAUGACAAAGAAGACGACAAUGACAAAAAAAAGAGGACGAAAUAAGCUAUGGGUAACAUAAUGCCAGUAAUUCAGCUGCUAUACCCAAGCACUGAAGUCUUACCCGUUCAACCUUUUAUUAUUAUUUUUUUUUCAAAUAAACUUUAUGGCUGUUUGUUCUACAAUGUUCUAGAAAAUUCUCACUCAGGUACACAGUGCCAACAAGUGGCUUGUGAAUGUGUUCUGUUGUUUUGUGCUACAGUUUAAAGGAAAAAAAAUAAGAUUUUUUUUGAGGGGGCGGGAGGGGGGUAAUGCACCUGACAGAGAAAAACAAAAGAGAUGAUAAAAGUUCCUUAUACUUCCCCCUCCAAACUUUCCCCUUUCUUUUCAUUUUUUUUUCUUUCCCAAAUUAGGAUUCAAGGCCCUUGUACAUCUGGUUGGGACGUGGGGGCAGAAUCAGUUUUGUUCCGUGUGGCAUUCUCAUUCCUCAGUGGUACUGCUCGGUGGCAAGCAGGAGGUUUAAGUGUAUAACAGUGAUCCAGUUAUGUGGCAGACCACAAUAAACCUCUGCCCAGUUUUACAGUAUCAUGGCCCACACAUUGCAAACAUAGGAUGCUGUCUUAUACGAAACCGGGAGACUGGUCCCCCUAACCCCUACCUGCACACUUGCGCAUCAGCUCCCCAGGGUCUCAGGCAGAAGUCUUCUCUGCCUUUCCCAACUUGAGGUCCUUUCAAGUACUGGAGAUGCCAUGGAUUGUAUCUCAGACAUUCUACAUGCGAGGCAUGUGCUGUGCCCAAAAGGUAGUCACGUGUCUUUACACACACCCUCUCUUCCGUAUUAGUCUCAAUUCAUUCUUCAUUACUUGCCACUAGAGAUGGGCACGAACCAGGCCGGUUCAUGGUUCGCGAACCACGGUUCGUCAGAUCCCAUUUCUGACUAACCGCCACAAACUUUUCGGCUGGUGCGUUUGGUUCAUUUUUUGAUUCGUCAAUGCAGACAGCCUGGUGCCAAUCAAUCAGUUUCCUAGGCAACAGGGGAUGGACUUCCUACAGACCUUCUGCUGAGCCGGAAGUUAACUUCUGCUGGCCCGGAAGUGAUGAUUUUCUGACCUGGAUGUGACAUUUUCACAAACCAAAUGAACUGGUUCGCAAACCAGGGGCAGGUUCACGAAAGUUCAUGGUUUGUGAAAUUUGACAAACCACGAACCACAUGGUUCGGUUUUUUCCCAGUUCGUGCCCAUCUCUACUUGCCACUGGGCAGGAGCAGCGAGGAGACUCACAGGCCAUCCUUUCCAUGACGAAGAGUAAGAAUCGUAGCAUGAACUGCCACAUGGGCCUCGACUGGGUGUAAUGUUUUGUUACCCGCCACACCUCCCAACAAUCAGACCCAUCCUUCCUAAAUAGGAUCUCUUUUCAUCAAUUGCACACCAGAUGUAGUCUUUGAGCAAGUGCCAAAUUUGUACUAAUGUGCGGAACUACUUCCAUUUCAUGUGUGUCUGCGUCCCCCGGUCGGUUGCCUUUUCUUGAUUUGUUUCAUCUUCAGUCUUACAUUAGGGCAGUGAUGUUGUCUUAGACAAUCCCUUGAAACACCUGACUACCAGCAGCUGGUGAGAUUAUUAAUUUUUUUUUUAACUUUAAAGGAAACUGUAGAUGCUGUUCUCAGGUGACAGAGAGAGAGAGAAGAAAUUUAGUUUAAAAAUUAUUUUAUGAUCUUGGAGUUGUGUGUGUAUGUGCGCGGGUGAGCAUGAAUGUGUGUUUAUGGUACUAAUAAGAAUUAAUAUUGGAUCAUUGGAAAGGAAAAAAGUAUUGCAUUGGAUAAUAAUCUUACCGUAUAUUUUCAGACCAGUGCGUUAGCCUCACUAAAACCAAUGGAUCUAUAUCAGUUUAAAUCAAAACAUUUUGGCAUAAGGAGUCCGUAGUUCAGGCUGCCAGAUGGCAGUCCACAGCUGAUUGCAGAGUUGAUUGUGACUCUUUCAGAAUAAGUGGCUCUUGGAUUGCAGCCUGAUGUUCCUCCUAACCCGAAAAACUGGAUUGGAGCAACAGUGGGGCAGGCUAAUGUACUUGCAGUAAGCUCCUAGGUGAUGCUUGUGAGAGAGCUUUGUUCUGCUGUUCUGUGCACUAGUAUUAAUCCCAUUGGAAGCGUUUAAGAUGGCAGGUCAAUUGCAUAGACGUAGACGAAGCUGCGUGUGAUUCCGCUAAAAUGGAGAAUGUAGCAUUGGGUGCACAGAUCAGUGUCAUGAGAAUCCCAGCUUUCACUCGUUCUUUCCGUCCUUACAGUUUCAAAGAUAGGCCAGUAUAAUUGCAUGGGCAAUGCCUGGCACAGCCAUAGGAACAUAGACGGUUUGCUAAAUAAUAUGUUCAGCUGUCCAGAGGGGAUCAUUCUAGAUGGGUAACCACAUUAGUCUACAACAGCAGAAUUGAACAGGAGACAAACAUUUAUUCCAGCUUAAGCUUUCAUGUGUUAGAACUCGCUUCCUUGGAUGGAUUGGUGUGUAAUACCAGAUGAGAUGUACACUUCGUGCAUUUGAUGAAGUGAUCUCCGCGUCUCAAAAACCUGCCAGAAUAAAUGGUGUUAAUCUUUGUCAAUCUGCUCCUGUAUCAGUCUAGAGAUGAGGCUGUCUACCCUAUGACCAGAAGAAGCGAAUGUGUCAGUAAACACAUGCGGGUAAAUGAUAUAAAGUAAGAGAAACUACAGAAAUGUUCAUACUUUGCAUUGCUUCUGCAACUGGCAGGAUUUGGGUUACUCUGGUGCAGAAUUUUUUAGUUUCUUGCCGACUACAUGUAGCCAGGCAUGCCACCUCCCCUGCUGGCAGCCAGUGGGUGCUUCCCACUGCCCGUCAGCUGGCCAGCAGGAGAAAAAUGGUGGGGAAUUUCAGCAGGCUUCCUAAAUGCUGACAUCAUUCCGCAUGCAUCCAGAAGCAUUAUCAGCGCAUCGCUGAAUGAUGCUGAGGAUGUUCUGGUAUGGCCCAAAUACCAGAGCUACCAGUAGCACCCGGCAACAUGCUGACAUCACUUCUGGGCACAUGGAGAAGUGACAUCACUGUGUUUCCGAUGAUGUAAUGAUGUCAACCGCAAGCCCCUGACCAAUAAGUCCCCACGUCCCACCAGUCGCCAGGGCAAACCUGGCAACCCUAAAUUAGCCCCAUAGACACAAGUGAAGGGGACAUACUCAGUACUGAAGAAUUCCAGAAUUCAAAACUCAUCUACUUUGGAAAGCCUCUGUUAUAAUCAGGGUUCCCAGAUCCUCCCAACCUUCAGCAAGGGUGAGGAGUGCAGGGGCCGGGUGGUGACUGGUGCUUACUUGUGCACAUGCGCCCACGUCCCCAAACAAUGACAUCAUCCAGGGCUUUUUUUCAGCUGGAACGUGGUGGAAUGGAGUUCCAGAACCUC